AUGGCUGCUGCAGGAUCCUGGCUGCUGCUGUGGCUCUUCUUCCUGAAGCUGCAGGAGGGCUCCUUCUCUCAGAAUGUCCAGAACCUUCUGGUUCUGACCCUCUCCUCUCAACCUGAAGCUAACUCCUCCCACAUCGGACGAGUCUGCACCACCUGGGGGCACCACCACUUCAAGACCUUCGACGGGGAGUUUUUCCAGCUGCCGUCCUCCUGUAACCACAUUCUGGCAUCUCAGUGUGGGGGGAGCUACGAGAGCUUCAUCAUCCAGAUGAGGCGCCGCGUCGUGGGCGGGGCCACAACCAUCAGCAACAUUGUCAUGAAGCUGGAAGGUUCCGUGGUGGAAUUGUCCAACAACUCUGUGGUCGUGGACGGAGAGACGGUGUCGCUGCCUCACAUCUCCUUCGGCGUGACGGUCAGGAGAUCUUCCUCCAGCAUCUUCAUCGAGGCCAAGCUGGGAGUCACGGCUGUGUGGAACCUGGACGACUCUCUGGAUAUUGAACUGGACCAAAAAUACCAGAACCAGAUCUGCGGCCUGUGCGGGAACUUUGAUGGGAUCGCUAAUGACUUCACAAGAGAUGGAUCUCUGCUCAGCGUGGCCGACUUUGCUGAGACUUUCAAGGUGAACGGACCCACAGAAACGUGUCUGGAGCCAGAGCUCAGCCCGGUUCAGAGCUGUGGAGAUGAGCCUCUCUGCGAGCAGAUCUUCUCCAGUGCUGCGUUCAGCAGCUGCCAGAACCUUCUGGAUGUGGACUCCUUCGUGAAGGCCUGCGCCUCGGACAUGUGCACCUCCAACACCUCAGAGCCGCUGGUCUGCAUGACCGUCUCCGAGUUCUCGCGGCAGUGUGUGCAUGCGGAUGGCAGGCCUCUGGCGUGGAGGAACGAGAGCUUCUGCUACAAAGAGUGUCCCUUCAACAUGGAGUUUGUGGAGUGCAGCAGUCUGUGUCCGGACAGCUGCUCCAACCCUCAGGCCAGCCAGACAUGCGACAGUCACUGCCACGACGGCUGCAGCUGCCCCGCUGGAACGGUGUGGGACGACAUCCGUGACAGCGGCUGCAUCCCAGUUGCUGAGUGUCCGUGUGUCCAUGACGGCAACGUCUACCAGUCAGGAGAGUCCUACACGCUGGGCUGCAGGUCCUGCGUCUGUGAGAGCGGACACUGGACCUGCUCAGAGGAGAACUGCCCGGGGACCUGCUCUGUGGAGGGGGGGGCCCACAUCAACACCUUUGAUGGGAAGGUCUUCACCUUCCACGGAGACUGCUCCUACGUGCUGGCAAAGAGUAACGGGACGCUGUACACGGUGCUGGCGGACCUGGUCCGGUGUGGUCUCACCGACAGCAGGACCUGCCUCAGAGCCGUGACGCUGGCCCUGAAGGACAGCUUGGUGGUCAUCAGCAUCCAAUCAUCUGGACUGGUUUACAUCAACAAGAUUCUCUCUCAGCUUCCUCUUUUCACACCUCAGCUCAGCAUCUUCCGGCCGUCCUCCUUCUACAUCUUCAUCAGCACGGAUGUGGGCAUUUCGGUGACGGUGCAGCUCUCCCCCCUCAUGCAGGUCUUCAUUUCAGCCGACACCUCCAUCAGAGGAGGCACCUCAGGUCUGUGUGGAAACUUCAACAACGUGAUGAGUGACGACUUCCGGGUGAGCAGCGGUCUGGUGGAGGGCAGCGCCGUGGCGUUCGCCAACUCCUGGAAGACCAGAGCCAGCUGCCCUGAUGUCAGCGCGCGCUUCGGCCCCCCCUGCAGCCAGGACUUCAGCCGGGAGAGCUACGCCCAGUUCUGGUGCUCCAAACUCAGCGACCCCGAGGGUGUGUUCGUGGCGUGCCACUCCGUCAUCAGCCCCGCCGUGUACAAGGAGAACUGCAUGUACGACACCUGUACCUGUGAGAAAAGCGAGGACUGCAUGUGUGCGGCCGUGUCCUCGUACGUGUACGCCUGCUCCGCCGCCGGGGUCCACAUCAGCGGAUGGAGAGAUUCCAUCUGCGGGACGUUCGGGGAGUGUCCUGAGGGGACGGUCUACACCUACAACAUGAGCAGUUGCGGCCGUACCUGCCGCUCCCUCAGCCAGGUGGAUUACUCGUGCCGGGCCCGCUUUGCCGCUGUGGACGGCUGCGGCUGCGCAGACGGGACCUACUUGAACGAGGCGGGCCAAUGUGUGAGCAUCUCCAGCUGCUCCUGCUACGACGAGGACACCAUCAUCCCCGCCGGACAAGCUGUCAGCAGGGACGGCUCCACCUGCGUCUGCAGGAACGGCGCUCUGAGCUGCUCAGGAGGAAGUCCACCUCAGACCCCCACCUCCUGCGUCGCCCCCAUGGUGUACUUUGACUGCUCCACGGCGCCCCCUGGAGCCACGGGGGCGGAGUGCCAGAGGAGCUGCAGCACGGCGGACAUGGCUUGUGUGAGUCCCAGCUGCACGUCGGGUUGCGUGUGUCCGGACGGCCUGCUGUCAGACGGGGCGGGGGGCUGCGUCAACGAGACCAGCUGUCCUUGCGUCUACAACGGACAGGUGUACCAGCCGGGGCAGACUCUGACUGUGGACUGCAACACCUGCUCAUGCGCGGGAAGGAAGUUCACGUGCACCAACAACGAGUGUGACGCCGUCUGUGGGAUCUACGGCGAAGGUCACUACGUCACCUUUGAUGAGAAGAGGUUUGACUUCAGCGGGCAGUGUGAAUACACUCUGCUGCAGGACCACUGCACCAGCGCUCAGGGCAACGGCAGCUUCACCAUCGUCACCGAGAACAUCCCCUGUGGAACCACCGGGACCACCUGCUCCAAGACCAUCAAGAUAUAUCUGGAGGAGAAUGAAUUCCAGCUGAAAGAUGAAAGUUUCCUGGUCAUCAAGGGGAGCAUGCAGGUCCUUCCUGCCCACGUCCAGAAAAUGGGCAUUUACCUGGUGGUGACCAUCAAGCCAGGACUCGUUCUCAUGUGGGACCAGAAGACCAGCCUCUUCAUCACACUCAGCCCACGCUUUCAGGGCCAAGUGUGUGGCCUCUGCGGAAACUAUGACGGCAACAGCAAGAACGACUUUACCACGCGCUCUCAGGAGAUGGUGGCGGACGUUCUCCAGUUUGGAAACAGCUGGAAAGUCUCAUCCAGCUGCCCAAACGCCCAGCUCCUCAGCGACCCCUGCACCUCCAACCGCUACCGAGCAGCCUGGUCCCAGAAGCAGUGCAGCAUCAUCACCAGCAGCACCUUUCAGAUCUGCCACUCUAAGGUUGACCCCGGUCCAUACUUUGACUCUUGUGUGAGGGACUCUUGUGCGUGUGACUCCGGGGGGGACUGCGAGUGCCUCUGCACCGCCGUGGCGGCCUACGCCAAGGCUUGCAGUGCCGCUGGGGCGUGCGUUAGCUGGAGAAGUCCCAAGUUAUGCCCCAUCUUCUGUGACUACUACAACUCACCUGGAGGCUGUGAGUGGCAUUACAAGCCGUGUGGAGCUGACUGCAUGAAGACCUGCAGAAACCCUUCAGGAAACUGUUCAAAGACCAUCACCAACGUGGAAGGCUGCUAUCCUCGCUGUUCCCAAAGCGAGCCCUUCUUUAAUGAGGACACCAUGAAGUGUGUCACAUGGGAGCAGUGUGGCUGUUAUGAUGAUAAAGGCACUCAUUACAACGUGGGCGAGGAAGUCCCAUCCAACAACUGCUACACCUGCUCUUGCACUACAUCUGGAAUUCAAUGCAGCUACAGUGUGGAGUUGUGUACUUGCAUGGUAAACGGAAAAAUAUACAAAUAUGGUUCAACCAUCUACAACACCACGGAUGGACUUGGAAACUGUAUAACAGCCGAAUGCGGGACUGAUGGGAUCUUAACCAGAAGUGUUUACCCAUGUCUGACCACCACCACGGCCAGCCCAACCACUAUUCCAUUUACAUUUAGCUCAGCUGGGAUGCCUACUACAGUUCUUAGUACUUUAGCGCAACUAAACACAACUUCUGAGCCAAUGACAACUGCAGAGGCAACGACAGAAAAGAAAACAUUGAAACCUACGACUAUUAUUACAGUUUCAGAAAGUACUGCAAUCAGCAUGGAACCGGUGACAUCAACCACAUCAACGGCUACGACCAAACCUGUCAAAGAAGUUACUACCGUUCCACUCACUUCCUCUACCAAGGCUGUGUUUGAAAAGUCCACACAAGAGACAACGACAAUUAGUUCUGAUACAACCUCUACAGUUUUUGCUGAAAAGAGUACUCUAAGAAAAACAACAGAAGAAAUUUCCACUACAAGUAAGAAGUCUUCUGAAGGAACGACUCAAGUUGCUCCCGUCACUCACACUCUUCCGGGUACAUCAGUUUCAUCACGACUACCAAUUAUCACAGAGACGUUAAAAACCACAACAGUUAGGACAGAGCCCACAAUGCUUACAACAACUAGAUCAGAUAUGUAUACUACUACUGAAAGAGGUAGUACAAAUGUAAAGACAACAAAGGAGGCAGAAGAAGCUACCACUGUUACAAAAACACCCUCUACAACAGUUAACUUUGAAACCACAACCCCAGUGCAUGAAACCACAACAUCUGGAGUAGAGACUACUCUUGUGACAUCUACACCUUCUGUUAGUACCAAAACCACAGAAAGACCUAUCACCACAACUGGAGCUAUCAGCACAACACCUGUGGUUUCAACAGCCUUUGAGGCUACAACAACCAGACCUGCUAAAGAAGCUACCACCACUGCUCCACAAACGUCCUCCACAACAGCUGUGCUUGAAAAAACAACUCAAGAGGGAACAAGCAAAAACACAGAGAGAACAACUGGUUCUGAUUCAACCUCUUCUGUUUUUGUUAUGAGAACUACAAUACAAAAAACAACAGAAAGCAUAACGACAACUGCUAACAAACCUUCAGAAGGAACAACACAAGUUGCUCCUGUAACAAAAACCCUUCCAGGAACCUCACUUUCAACACAGCUACCACUAGUAACAGGUAGCUUAAAAACAACGACAGCUUUAACAGAGCCCUCAAUAAUUACAACUACAACUACAAUUAUUACAAAAACGAGGAGCAGUACUGAUGCAAAGACCACAAUACAUGAGAAAGAAGCAAGCACAUUUCCAAAGACUUCCUUUACUACAGUAAUCUUUAAAACCACAACCCCAGUGCCUGAAACCACAACAUCUGGAGUUGAGACUACUCUUGUGACAUCUACACCAUCUGUUAGUACCAAAACCACAGAAAGACCUAUCACCACAACUGGAGCUAUCAGCACAACACCCGUGGUUUCAACAGCCUUUGAGGCUACAACAACAAGACCUGCUAAAGAAGCUACCACCACAGCUCCACAAACGUCCUCCACAACGGUGAUCAUUGAAACCACGACCCCAGUGCCUGAAACCACAACAUCUGGAGUAGAGACUUCAUUUGUGACAUCUACACCUUCUGUUAGUUCCAAAACCACAGAAGGAAUUUUCACUACCAUGACAUCAGAAAAACCUUCAGGUACAACCAUUAUCGGGCCCAUAACAAAAACUCUACCAGGAACAACAGAUUUUUUGCCUGUCCCUUCAACCACUCAAGCAAGUGGAAGCACUUUUGUACCAUCUUCAACCGUCGCCACAACACCACUUUGUGAGUGUGUUGUUAGCGGAACUGCUUAUUCUUCUGGUGUUGUAGUUUACAAUGUUACUGACGGCUUAGGGUGGUGUUAUGUUGCAUUUUGCAAUGAGUCUUGUGAAGUCGAGACCCAUUCCAGGCCAUGCCCAACAACACCAGAACCAAGCAGUGCCGCACCCUCUACCACACCGGUCUCUGGCCCCACAACAGAGUCCUUUAUGUCCAGCACUACUCUUUUCAACUCCAUCUCCACCAGCACAAAUUCUCCAUCCACAGCUCCUCUGGAUUGCAACAAUGUCUCUCCACCUAAACAGAAUGGAGAGUCAUGGCCUGUGGGUAACUGCUCCACAGCCACCUGUUCCAACGGCAAGGUCUCCACAACACCCAUCAUAUGUCCUUCUGUUCAAGCACCCAUCUGUGCCAAUGGACACAAACCCGUGCAGGUCUACGACGCUGAUGGAUGUUGCUUCCACUAUGAGUGUGAAUGUGUUUGCAGCGUUUGGGGAGGUUCCCACUUCCUGACUCUUGACGGGAAAUCCUACAGCUUCAACGAGACCUGCUCUCAUUAUUUGGUGAAAGAGAUCAUCUCUAGAUACAACCUGACGAUCUCCACCAAUCGUGACUGCAGUGCUGCAGACACCACCCUCUGUCCGCUCGCCAUUUCCAUCACUUACCAAUCCUACGUGGUGGUUUUAACCCAGAGUGUUGGAAGCGAAGCCCACCUGAUGGCCUUCAUCAACCAGAAGCGCAUCUACCCAGGCUACAGUAAUUCUGCGCUGCAGCUCCUGGGCACCGACAUGGCGAUGGGCGUGGUCAUCCCGGACAUCAACACCACGGUGGUCUACAGGGGAUCCUCUUUCAGCAUCGACCUGCCCAAUACUUUGUUUGGGGGCAACACUGAGGGGCUGUGUGGAACCUGUGAUAACUCCCAGGCCAACGACUGCAGGGCUCCCGACGGGCAGGUGGAGAGCUGCUCCGACUCCGCCCCCCAGUGGACCAUCCCCGGGAAGCCCUGCAUCCCGCCGUUCUCCCCGUACACCGUUAACCCGCCCCAGUGUGAGGCCGUCCUCUGUGAAGUGCUGACCAGCAGCGUCUUCUCCGCGUGCCACGCCCUCGUGCCUCCGGGGCCGUUCUUGGCGGCGUGUCAACACGACGUGUGCAGCGGCGGGAAUGGCAGCUGCUCCAGCCUGGAGGCGUACGCCACCGAGUGCACCAUGGCGGGAGUCUGCAUCGACUGGAGGGGCGCCACCGGCGGGCUGUGCGACCAUGAGUGUCCGAGCGGGAAAGUGUACCGGGCCUGCGGACCGUCUGUGGAGACCACCUGCAGCGACAGACUCCAGAACGGCGGAGCGUCCAGCCUCAGCGGGGAGGGCUGCUUCUGCCCCCCGGGGAGCACCCUGUUCAACCGGGUCCACGACACCUGCGUGACCUCCUGCUACUGUGUCGGACCGGACGGGGGACCCAAACAGCCCGGCGAGUCCUGGACCAGUGGCUGCAGCAGCUGCCAGUGCGACCAGGACUCCAUGAGCGUCCAGUGCACCCCCCUGCCCUGCCCAGAGGUCCAGAACCCGGACUGCAGCGAGCCGGGCCAGCAGCUCGCCAACAGGACAGACGGCUGCUGCACGGCGCCCACAUGCGAGUGUAACCUGGACCUGUGUGCCCCCCCCACCACCUGUCCGCUGGGAUUCAGCCUCAGAGCCGCCAACGGCACCUGCUGCCAGAGCUACGAAUGUGUUCCUAAAGGCGUCUGCGUCCACGACCAGGCAGAGUUCUUGCCCGGAGCGAGCGUGCAGACAGCAGGAAGUCCGUGCCAGGACUGCGUCUGCAGCCCACAGACGGACCCGGCCACGCAGCUCAACGUCAUCACCUGCUCGCCUGUUCUGUGCAACAGCAGCUGCGCUGAGGGCUUCGAGUACGACGCCAGCGGCGACGGCUGCUGCGGGGAGUGCGUGCAGAAGAGCUGCGUCAUCACGCUGGAGGACCAGUCGACCCACACGGUGGAGGUCAACCACACCUACGUGCCCCCCCACGACCAGUGCGCCCAGUUCAGCUGCGCGAGGAUCAACGGUCAGCUCGUCACCAAGGAGACCAGGACCAGCUGCCCCCCCUUCGACCCGGCGGACUGUGAACCGGGAACGGAGAGCACGGACGCCGGCGGCUGCUGCAGGAGCUGUCGACCGCGGAGCGACUGCCGAGUCCGCAGCCAGCAGACCAGCGUGGAGGUGGGCGGCUGCGUGAGCGCCCCACUCAACCUGACGUCCUGUGAGGGCGGCUGCAGGAGCUCCUCCAGCUACUCUGCAGCAGCGAACGCGAUGACGUAUCAGUGCGAGUGCUGCCGUGAGGACGCCACCAGCAGGAGGCAGGUGGAACUGACCUGUGCCGACGGCUCCACAGUGCUGCACACCUACAUCCACGUGGAGGCGUGCCGCUGCAGCAGACAGGACUGUGCCGGCGCCACCACCAGAGCUCAGCGCCGCAGGAGGCGUUGACCUUCUGCUUCCUGAUUUGUAACAUUUAUUUAUAACAUUCACUCACAGACGUGAUGGAAGAUUCUCUUUGAAUUAAAAUGUUUCUGCAUCAU